GUCUGAGGUUGAUGGGAAGGAGGUGGAGAACUCUUCGCCCCAGCCCUCACUGAUCCACAGGUUAGUCACCUACAUCUUUGUCUACGAAGACCUGACCUCCUUGACCUGUGGUGCCGUUAUCAUCUGGUACUUUGCUGGCAGCUUUGAGAAGAACGUUGGCACUGUGAAGCACUGCUUCCUCACCGUUGCCUUUGCCAUCCUCUCCGCCCUCCUCUACCUCCUACUCGAGACCGUUGUCUCAAGGGUGUCAGAGGUAGAAGAUGCCAAAGGAUUCACCCCAGUAGCUUUUGCUACGUUGGGCGUGUCCACCACCCGCUCACGGAUGAAGAGGACCCUGGUUUUUGGUGUUAGAGUGCCAGUGGUGCUGGUGCCAUGGUUUAUGCUCUGCAUAGCAUGGUUUAUCCCCCACUCUUCUCUCCUGAGUAACCUGUGUGGACUCCUAGCCGGGGAAGCCUAUGGUCUUGGCUACUGUUUCUGCUUGGAUUUUCCAGAGUCCAUGAGCUCUAAGCUGGACCGGGUGUUCCCUUUCAGCCUGCUAAAGAGGAUACCAGGGCUGAAAUAUAUCCCAGGGCCCUUAGCAGAGAGAAGAACCUUGGAAAGCAGCAAGAUUAACCCUGCACCAGGGGCCUACCCCACCCAAAGCUACUACUGCUCUUCGCCUCCGGCUCUUCCUGCUUUCCAGGUGCAGCACCCCAAUGCUCAGAGCCAGGGGUUUCAGCAUGCUCUGGGAUACGAGUCAUCUUGGCACAGCCAUGCUGCAGGACACAGCUUCCCUUCUUCUCCCUACCAAGCCAGAAGUGCCUUCGGAGAGUGUUUCGUGCAGGCCCACGCUGGAGCCGCGCCUGGACAUAGCUGCCAGCUGGGCCAGUUCCCUCCCCUGCAGCGCGUGUGCCUGACUGAUCCACAGACGCCUGCAG